AUGGCGAAGGAAGGAGGGGCGCACUUAUUGUACAGCGGCGACAAGGGAGGUGGCAGCGGUGCAUUGGCUGCAAUAAACAUCAGCGCGGAUGGCCACGCGCCCAUGCACGACGAGACGUGUCACUGCGUCGCCUUUAGUUGCCGUCCACCCUGGCGCGCACGCACGGGCCCAUCCGUGUCUAUAAAAGCCAGCCCCGCUGCUCCAAACUCUCCAUCGAAACCACAUCGAUCUUUCUUGAUUUUUCGCCGAGACGAUCACGACCAGGUAGCCAAGCAGCGUCCUCGUCGUCGUCUUCUUCGUCUCCGACAGGAGAGCGGCAGGAAACUCCGGGAGGAGCUGGCUAACCUGGCUCAGCUGGAGGGCGGCGCCUCCGAGCCCGAGAGCGAGGAGCAGCGGAACAAGUUCCUGGUGCUCCGCCUCUACGAGGCGCUCAACGGCCGCGACCACGCCGCCGUGCACUCCCUCCUGGCCCCGGACCUCGAGUGGUGGUUCCAUGGCCCGCCCGCGCACCAGCACAUGAUGCGCGUCCUCACCGGCGGGGCCUCCUCCUUCCGCUUCGCGCCGCGCACCGUCGAGGCCUUCGGCUCCACCGUCAUCGCCGAGGGCGCCUCCGCCUCCGCCGCCGGCGAGGGGAAUAAGGCCGCCUACUGGGUGCACGCCUGGACGGUCGGCGCCGAUGGGGUGAUCACCCAGCUGCGCGAGUACUUCAACACCGACCUCACCGUCACGCGCCUCGCCGCCGCCGCCGCAUCCAAGUGCGUGUGGCAGAGCCGCCGCCCCGACAGCGCCCGCAACUCCCUCCCGGGCCUCGUCCUCGCCCUCUAGCGUGCCGGUCCGUCCGGCUUGGAUGCAUGGGCUGACGUUUGCUUAAUUUCUACCCCUGUCUGGAUUGCCGUCGUUAGUUAAUUUGCGUGUCUGGUACUACUGCCUGAGUCGCCGGUGAUGAUGGCGACGCGGCGGCGUCAUGGAGGCUGCGCCUUCGCGGCUGCUACCUGCAUGCCGUUGCUGUUAUGGUCGAAUAAUAAAGGAAUUUGGUUUGCAUUA